GCGUCAGGAUAGCGCUCAACCUGAAGGAGAUUCCAUACGACAUUAAGCCGAUCAGUUUGAUAAAAUCGGGCGGAGAGCAGCACUGCAACGAGUACCGUGAGGUAAACCCCAUGGAACAGGUUCCGGCACUGCAGAUUGAACACUUUUACCAUGUUUUCGGUUGUGUAAAUAUGUGGGGGAGGAAUAAUCAAAUUAUGUUCUGUAUAUGAUUCUAUUCUGGGAGAUGAACCGUGUAUGCAAUAUGAGAGGUCAUUGCAGCUUAUCGCUCCUCGCCUAAAAAAUGGUGAAUGGUAAAAAUAAAUUAAAUAUAAAAAUGCAGAGUAUCAAAUAGUGAAUAAAGAAGCCGGGAAUGUGAAAUUGAAUGUGAAGCUGAACAUAAGAUUGCAUUUUGUAAUAAAAUAUCUUCAAAUUCAAAGAUGAGGUGGUUUUGCCAUUUGGUUCUAUUGUUUCAUUUUCCAUUGUUAAUUUUUCAAACUUUGAAAAUUACUCGUUCUCUAACUCACAGUUCUCACGCAUGUCAUUGAAUGCAAAGAUGAGCAAGACUUUAUAAAAAUAAACCAUAGUAUCGACACAUGCUUUCAAAGUGCACAUAAUCGGAUGAUAAUUCUUGAACCGUUUCAACUCUUCAUCAAGCACUAGUUGAUAUUUAUCAUACAUCCAAACGAAAUCAUGAUAAUACUUCUCUAACAUCGCAUCCACAUAGUCCAUCUCCAACACUUUGUUAUAUAUUCCAAGGACAUCCAGGGUGUGGUGAGUGAUUCUAGUCAAUUCCCUGUUGACAUAAUUCGCAUAACGGAAGAAGUCAUCUGUGGUUAGGGGCUCAAGAGAAUUGAACGCUUGUAUCGCACAGCCUCGGAUAUUUGCCACCGCAUCUGAAUCAUACUUGAGCAGCUGUUGCUGUACCUCCUCCAAACAGGUUUGAUUUCCGGGCCUGGUUUCCUCCAGCUCCCGAUGGGCUGCGCUUCUCAUACGGCGCAGUUCAUUCGUCCCAUUGGCCAGUAUUUGGAGCAGAACUUUGUUGAAAAGGUUGAUUUCAUUGGAGUUUUUAGCACGUUUGGUUUGCAUGAUACGCUCCCCCACUGCACUGUAGUUACUAAACUGUUCCUGAUAGCCUAUGAAUGAAGGGAAGGUGCUGGAUACAGUCAGUUGAGUGAUAGCGAAUACCGCUAUUACUACAAAUUUCUGCAUGGGUAACAUAGUGCCGAUGGAUGUACUCGUUAGGUCACAAAACAACACUGUAAUCUCGAUCACUAAGGCGAAAGUGUCCAGUGCAACAGAAAGUGUGCAAUUUUUCUGUAGACUAUUUUAUCUUAACAAAAAGGUCAUUUGGACGGCCGCUUUGGAUCACUAGAUUAGAUAAGUGAAGUGUGGUUCUACUGCCAUAACUAACAGGACAGCAGAUAAGGAAACACUCAUUUAGCUGAACAUUUGUCCACCGAUAAUCUCCGAAAUGCGGUAAUCUAAUCUGACUCGAUUGAAUAACGAUGUCGGAAAUCUAUAUAUAUUCUGCAAGUUUUGGGACAUAUUUGCAAUCUGAGUCAAAUAGCUCUCAAAAUGGUAUCCACGGCAAGGUUCACUCUUUCGCUGGCAACGCUUUUUGUGAUUGCAUCAGCGGCACCGUCGAUUAAAUCCGGACUCAGCGACCUCACCGGUCUCGUCAAAGAAUACCAUGAGCUAUACGAGAGAAUGUACCAGGAGAAAACUGAACUCCAGCAGUUUGCUCGAGCCGGUCACCAAUUCAUGUACCGCUGGAUAAACGGAGAUAUUUUGAAGGACAUAGCAAUCGCACACGAUGAGAUCCAGCGUAAAGCGAAUGAGACCGACGAGGUCAUCGCGGAGAAACUGCUGGCGGGUGGCGAUGAGAAGUGUCUGCUGACACAACGCUCGCGGCUGCAAGAAGAGCAGCGGGCAUUCGGCGACGGAAUCAGCGAAUGUGCUGCGAAUGUUUCCGAAACUAAGGAUAGUGUCGGUGACACUUUCCAGGAGAAUCUUGAUAUAUUACAGCGACUGACCACCUCGAUCAGCGAGUACAUGUUGUGGUCGUUUUCUAUGCACAACUCGGUCACACAGCCGGAGCGCCAUGUCGAUACGAUGCUUCGUGCGUACUACGAGCUAGAGCUACUUUGGAGGGAGAGUGUACUUCCCACAAUGCAGGAUAACAUCGAUGGAAUGCAUGCUCAGGGGCAGGAUAUCGUUGCCAGCCAUUCCAACUGUCUGGAUGGCUUGAUUGAGAAAACGGACGAGCACAUCGAACGCAUACGAGACGACAUUAGUUUGUGUCCUGUUCCGUACAAAGCGUAAACUGAAGCUGCUGUGAGAGACUAAAAAUUCAGUCAUCAAAACAUUUUUAUCAGGAUUUUUUUUUAUUUCGAGAAAUAAUAACCAUUAGCGGAGUAUUUUUGGCAGAGAUUUGGCUUAUCUGAGUGCAGAGUUCACGGCGAUUCUUCGUAUGAAACAUAUUCUUCAGUUCUUUGAUGAAAUAAGUCCUUCAUAUUAUCAGAGCAAUGAAUCGGAUAUUAAUGAUGCUCAAAUAUUCAUACAAAUUUCUUAUAAACAUUUUUUUACUAUGCUAACAUAUUAUACUACUAGCCGACCCGGCAAACUUUGUCCCGCCCAAAAUUUAUUUUUUGUUAUUAAUACCUGCAAACAAUCACGUUUCCUGUCAAUUUACAAUUUACUUUAAAUAUAAAUUUUCUAGCACUUCUACCAAA